ACUGGUUCACUCGCAUAAAAUUUAGUGGAAGCGAUGGCCUUGCCACUGCUCCAACUCCCACUUGCUGCUUCAUCACCCUAUUCUUCUUCUUCUUCUUCUUCUUCAUCUUGUUGUUGUUUUCCAACAUUGCCCUUCGUUUUCCAGCUCCACCACCGUAGACCCCCACUCCAUUAUCGCCGUGACCGUGGCCUCAAGAGGAGUGGAGUUGUUGUACUCGUCAGUAAAGAAGAGGCCACAUCUACCCAAGAGGACGAGCAGCAACAAGAUGAGUAUGAGGAACCACCGGACCCUCAAGACCUCGAAUACGUUCGCCAAAUCAAAAGGGUGUUGGAGCUUCUCCGGAAAAAUAGAGACAUGAUUUUCAGUGAGGUUAAGUUGACCAUAAUGAUUGAGGACCCCAGAGAAGUUGAGCGCAGGAGGUUACUUGGAAUCGAGGAUCCUGAUACCCCAACAAGGGAUGACUUAGGUGCUGCUUUGGAAGAAGUAAAUGAAGGAAAAGUACCAAAAAACCGCGUUGCUCUUCAGAUGCUAGCUGAGGAAAUGAGUCAAUGGCCAAAUUUAGAGGUUGAAGUAAAAAAGUCAAAGGCCCGCAAAUCCCUAUAUGCGAAAGCCACAGACACUGGUGUCGAUCCUAAAGUGGCUGCUAAAAGAUUGAAUAUUGACUGGGAUUCAGCAGCUGAGAUUGAAGACACCGAUGACAAGGAUGACACAGAAGUGCCUGCAGCUGUGGGUUAUGGAGCACUUUACCUGGUCACGGCUUUUCCUGUCAUCAUUGGCAUCUCAGUGGUAUUGAUUCUAUUUUAUAAUUCUCUCCAGUAGACAUUAUCUUGCCAUCUUGUAUAGUCUCUGUACCUUGUGGUCUCCACACGAGCUUGUACAUCAAAAUCAUGAAAUUGAAUGAUUGUUUCCAUUGAUUAUGUCGUUGCUGUAUUGAUCUUUGCUCCCUUUUCCCAGUUGGAGAGUUAUUUUGUAUGUUAUGACU